AUGGCAACUCCAGAUGAAGAUUUCUCGGGCUUGCCUCUGCAAGAGAGACUUGUGCACAAGUCCUGGAAGGCUCGCUCUGGCGCAUACGACGAACUCAGCAAGAUCUUUGCUACUCUCGACCCGGACGCCGAUGCCGAAUAUAAGAAAUGGCAGGAUUCUCUCAAAGCAAUCGUCGCCGAUAGCAAUGCAGUUGCACAAGAAACCGGACUUGGCGCCGUCAUGUCGUACGUUACGAACGCUCCUAAUGCCAAGAAGACAAGGAGUGUACUCGCAUCAAGCAUCGUAGACAAAUGCCUCGGGUCUGUCAGAGCGGGCACGCGGCAGAAGGCCCUCGAUGUUUUGUUGAUGUAUAUCGAGAUCGAUGUGGCUGACCCAAUCAUCGAAGAAAUCCUGCCGUCCUUGGCCCACAAGAAUCCAAAGAACGUUACAGCAGCAAUCACUGCGCUCAGGGAAGCCAUCCGACAAUUUGGCACUCGCGUGGUCAGUGUCAAGCCGAUUGUCAAACAACUGCCGAAAAUCUUUGACCAUAAGGACAAGAACGUCCGAGCUGAAGGGACAGCCCUCGCUAUGGAGCUGCACCGCUGGCUAGGCGCUGCGUUGAUCAGCACUUUAAACGACUUGAAACCGGUUCAACUUAAGGAACUGACUGAGCAAUUCGCCGCUGCGUCGACCGACAAGGCAACGCCCGAACGCCUUCUACGUUCGGAGCAGGUGAAAGCCACUGUACCGCAGGUCGACGAAGAUCUCAACGGCGAUCCGGAUGAUGCCGAAGCCACUGAAGAACCGGACGCUGCCGAACCUCUGGAUCUAUUUGAUCCGGUAAAUGUCCUCGACAAGCUCCCGAAGGACUUCUACGAGCAGCUUGCCUCUGCAAAAUGGAAGGACCGGAAGGAGGCACUCGAAGCCUUGUACGAAGUCGCCAAGGCACCUAAGCUCGAAGAUGGACGAUACGGCGAACUUGUUGGUGCGCUCGGAAAGCGUAUCAACGACGCCAACCUUUUAGUCGUUACUGCGUCGGCGAAUUGCAUUGCUGCGAUUGCCGGCGGUUUACGCACCACUUUUACUCAAUACAAAUCACUUGUGGUUACGCCCGUCAUCGAAAAAUUCAAGGAGAAGAAGCAGACCGUCGUCGACGCCUUACGCUCUGCUGUAGACGCGGUGUAUCUUGCCGCUGGCAUUAAUUCGAUAGCAGAAGACAUCGUCGGCGGUGUCGGUCAUAAAAACCCCCAAGUUCGGACAGAAUCAUUGAAAUGGGCAACUCGUUCUUUGAAGGACACCCGUCAAGUCCCAGGAAAGCCGGAAAUCAAAAUCCUCAGCGAAGCUCUUGCUAAGGCGCUCGACGACAGCGAUGCGGGAGUCAGAGAAUCUGCCGCUGAGGCCUUCGGGACGUUUAUGAAAGUUGUGACGGAACGUGUGCUUGCCAGCACUACGGAGAAAAUCGACCAUUUGAAACUUUCCAAAGUUAAAGAGUACUUCGACAAGGCCGAGAUCCGUGCUAAGGCUGCCCCUCCUCCUGCAGCGAAGAAGGUUGCUGCGAAACGACCAGCAUCUGCGCCUGCAGUAAAGCCCCUGAAACCAGCGCCACCGGGGCAACCAAAAUCAAAUUCACCUCCGCCUCGAAAGUCUACUACCGCGAAGGCAGCCGCACCGAAGCAACGACCAUCUGCGGCAGCGGCACCGGUUCGCGCG